AUGCAUGCACUGCCGAUCUUCGGCAAGUGGUGGAGGCACAUCGGGAACGCCAUAAUGGCAGUCCUUCCACCCUUGAAUUUUUUGACUCUACACUAUUUCUAUUUCAUUGUUACAUGCAUGAUAACCAGUAUCAUUUUCUAUUUGACCUCAACUCCACGGCAGAGCGUUGCCUAUGCAGACUCCAUUUUCAUGUGUGUCAGCGCCAUGACCGGGGCUGGAUUGAAUACGGUGGAUCUGUCAACUCUAAACACCUUCCAGCAAGCAGUUUUGUUCACCUUGCUUAUCCUGGGCCAUGCCAUUCUCAUUUCUCUCACCGUACUUGUAGUACGUAAGAGGGCCUUCGAGGCAAAGUUCAAAGGUGUCUCCGAUGAACGAGAAAGGGAACGAUCUACUCGUAACCCCUCGCAAGUUGAGCUGCAGGUCCAGGAACCCGCUCAGGGAAGCACCGGAACUGAUCUCUCUGGCGAGAACGGCGAAGGACAUAGCUGUAAACCACGCCCAAAGUCAUCCGUGCUGGUCCAAAUGAAACCGGGAGAGUCAUCAUCCCGUGAAGAACAGUUGUGGGUGGAUGAUGACCAAAAAACCAUCGGCGGAACACCCCGUCAUCAUCACCACCGAGUCUUCCCUAUGGCUGGUAUCGGGGCGAGACCCGAUCUGCAUAACCACCCCCGCGACGCAGUCCCCAAUGUACCCUUGGUUGUAAAGGAUUCGGUGUCUGGUUUCAAGGGAAUGCUCCGCGGCACACAGAAAUACAUGGCCUCCAAGGGUCUUGUUUCCCGCAACUCUCAAUUCCACGAUCUCACUCCUGCCGAGCGUGACGAACUAGGUGGUGUGGAGUACAAGGCCGUCUCGUUUCUGUCUGUGGUUGUAUUCCUUUACUUCAUCUUGUUCAUUAUCUUCGGCAUGAUCGGUGUUGGUAGUUGGUUGGAAGCCAAUGAUCCCGCCGUGACGCGCACAAAUGGCCUCUCGCCUUUUUGGACGGGUGCUUUCUUUGCUGUUUCUGCUUUCGUGAACAGUGGCAUGUCGCUCUUGGAUGCUAAUAUGACUGCUUUGCAGUUGAAUGCUUACCCACUUCUCACAAUGGGUUUGCUGAUUCUCGCGGGAAACACCCUCUUCCCAUGUUUCCUGCGGUUCAUCAUCUGGACUAUGAGGAUCAUGCUUCCGGAUCGACCGAAGUGGCAGUCGUGGCGCAUAACCCUUGAUUUCAUCUUGGAGCAUCCUCGAAGGGUCUAUACGAAUCUCUUCCCCGCUCGCCAUACAUGGUAUCUACUCGGCACGAUCAUCAUUUUGAACGGUAUCGACUGGGCGGCAUUUGAGCUGCUGUCUAUUGGAAACAAGGACAUUGAGAGUCUUCCCACCGAGUACCGUGUGUUGGAUGGACUCUUCCAAGCCCUAGCGGUACGCGCUGGUGGAUUCUACGUUGUAACCAUUGCCGAUCUUCGCCAGGGUCUCUUGGUUCUCUAUGUCUCAUAUCCUAUCCACCAAAAAUCCGAACCUAAAACUAACAAACUCACUCAGUACGUCUCCGCGUACCCAGUAACGCUCACAAUGCGCAACACAAACGUCUAUGAAGAACGCUCGCUAGGAAUCUACGCGCACGACGAAUCCCCAGACUCUCCAGCAAACACAAGCCGCAGCAACGUAGUAAUGGACCUAAUCCGCCACCACCUCGGCCGUCCAGGCCUAUCCGAGACUUCACGCGGCUACUUCGUGCACCAACAGCUCCGCUCCCAGCUCAGCCAUGACCUGUGGUGGAUCGCGUUGGCCGUAUUCUUCAUCGCCAUCCGCGAGUCGGACCACUAUGAAUCCCAGCCUGUGGCUUUCUCCACCUUCAAUAUCAUCUUCGAAGUCGUCUCUGCUUACGGCUGUGUGGGUGUCAGUCUUGGGUUCCCUGGGAAGAAUUACUCGUUCUGUGGUGCCUGGCAUACUAUUAGCAAGUUGAUCCUUGCGGCUGUGGCGUUGCGUGGUAGACAUCGUGGUUUGCCCGUGGCGAUUGAUAAGGCUAUUAUGUUGCCUAGUGAGUCUUUGGCUUGGGCUGAGGAGGAGGAUGCUGCUAUGCGGAGGGAUAGGUCUAGGGCUUGGGCUCAGGAGCAUGGGCCUAUUGGGUCUGUUUAG